AUGGCCACCGCUCCCGCCCGCACGUUCAUCGACUAUUCCGCUUCCCCUGCCGUUGCGGCAGCCGUGCGAGCAGCACCACGCCCUCGCACGAGCGGCGACACCCUCGUCGACGUCAUCAAGGACGACGUGCGCCGAAACAAACUGAUCGACGACAACAAUCUGCUCAAGGGUGUCCGCAUGACCGCGCUUGGCCCCGCUGUGAGCGCACAAGAACUCAUCGCGCGCCCCUCCACCCUCCAAGCCGCCAUCGACCAGAGCGCGAGCAUCCACACGACGACGGUCGAGGCGGAGUACACACAGAAGCUCCUCGAGUCGAACUACACCGCCGUCUCGGUCAAGGUCUCCGCACCUUAUGUGACAGCCGGCGCAGACUACUCCCAGGAAUCCAGCUAUGAGAACACAGAGACGACGAAGACCGUCCUCGUGUCCUCGCGCUAUCUCUUCCCGCAGGGCCGCAUAGACUUCGCGGCGCCCGGCUCCGGGUUCGCAGGCGAGAUCGAGCUCAGCCAGGGCUUCACGACCGCACUCGACGCUGCGCUCGAGAAGCCGACGCUGGUCGAGCAGCGCGAGGCCCUCGAUGCGCUGUUCAACGAGUACGGGCAAGUCUUCCGCACGCGCGUCCAGCUCGGCGGAACGUUGUCUGCCCAUACGUCGGAAACGUACUCUCGGACCGAAAACGAGACGUCCGUGAAGCGGGACGUCACAACUAGCCUGGAGGUCGCCGUGCAGAACUGGGGCUUGGGUGUGACCGGCAGCCACGGAAACCUCGAGACGACGAUCACAACCGCGGAGAACAGGGUGCUGGACGUGAAGUACCUUGUCCAGGGCGGCGACUACACGCAGAUUCUCGACACGGACGCGUGGAUCGCGUCGACGGACGACUCCAACUUCUGGCGCGUCGUCGAGGUCACCGAGGUCGUCUCCGUCGUCGACUUGCUCCCCGAGCCGAAGAGGAGCGUCGUCAAGAAGCUCAUGGUCCCGCUGCUCGGCGAAUGGGUGUCAGUUGAGCAGGUGCCGUACACAGACAAUUUCCCGGUGAAGAUCUACCAGCCCAAGAACGCGAUUCCCGACGGGUGGUUCUGGCUCGGACACAGCGCGGACGGGAGUCGUGCCCUCAUCGUCAAGCCCACUCUACCGCGGAAGACCGGCCGGAACUAUGCGCUCGCGAACGGGAAGUCUAGCGCUGGCAUCUCGAACCAGCCGUGGCCGGCUUUGCCUCGCUAUGAGUUUCUGUCGACUUACUUCAGCGGAUUCGACCAGUCAACGCGCCUCGGUGAGACUGUCGCGGCGCUGAGGCCGGGGCUCUUCCUCGAGGGCGAUUGGAAGCUCGUCGGGGACAACCCCAACACUCUUUGCUACAUCACGUCUCCGAAGCAGUAUGAGGGCGAGGAAGACGAAUGUCUCAACCUGCAGUCUGUCAUCCAACUGAAGCUGCCUGGCAACCCCAACGACAACCCGCCGAAGCCGCGGUGGGCCAUCCGGAAGAGCGCGGUCUUGUUCGACUCGGGUGAGAAGUAG